AUGGAUUAUCGACGACUACAAAGUUUGUAUCCGCCGCGACCUUCGCCUUUAGGGACGUCGCAAGAACCUCGCGUCGAUCCUCCACGGCAAUUUUCUACGCCUUACUCCCCCCAUGAGUCUCUUCAACCCGAAACCGAUAAGCCGAGACCGUACCCUUCUUCUGCAAACUCCACUCCCUCCCCGUCGCAAAUUUACCAAUCGACCGCUUCACGCACAUCGCUUGCUUCGCUUCGGGGUGAAGCUCCCAGCGCAUACUUUGCUUCCCGACAAGGUCAGACACAACGACAUCGUCGACACGGGAGUCUUGAGACAAGGAACAAUGCACAGACACAUCGCAGGAAUAAUUCGCAGCCUCAAGAUGUUCGAUAUCGUGAAGGUAUGUUGUUUUUUUAUCGACUGGACGACAGCUCGGGAGCGCUAGUUCAGGUCAGGUUUAGCGUGACUAGAGGAGCCCCUGCCCCUUUUGGACUAGCGCAUGAGCUUCCGGAGUCACGGGUUCUCUUGAAUCGGGCCCUUGCUUUGCCAUCUUCCAUUUGCUUACUCGUCACAGUAGGACUUUUGAGUGCUUCAGUUAUGAGCAAUACACAAGAUACCGCGCGUCGUACUUCACAGGGCAGCAGCGGAAGUCCUGGUUUUCCUGGACAGCACGACCAAUCCACCGCGUAUGGAAAUCGUCAAAUGCCACCUCCUUCCCCUCCCCACUCCUAUCCCUCUCGAGCCCCGUCUGCCCAAUCUGCCCACACGCCUGGAGGGCCCCUAAUGUCGCGCGAUGGCUCUAACAGCCAGGCGCACCGGCCGGGAAGUAGCAUGUCAAUUUCUGCGAUGCUAGGCUCAGACCCGGAUCGACCUGCGCGAGAACCCGCGCGUGAAUCAGGGCCGUUCUUCUCGCGACCAUCGCCAUCAUCAAUAUUCAAUAAUGCACCACCGUCAUCUGGCCCGGCCGCCAUGUCCCCGCCAACUGCUCCGGCAAAACCAUCCCCGUUCGAAAGCUCCUUCUUUCGUCGCUCAAAUACGCCCGAAAAGCCGUUCUCCAGGACGCAAGGCUCCCAAGGUUCCCGCGCGUACCGAUCUGGAUCGGGCGGCGGUUCGAGUCUGUUGGGAGCCGAACAAUCGGUGUUUGCGGGAAUAACACGGUCAUCGUUAUCGCAGUAUCCUGAAAAACCACACUCCACACAUCCUUCGCCUCGAAUGUCCACAGCAGAGACGCCGUACACCGAGCCUCGUCGCAUGAGUCUGAACGGACCCAUCGCUAGACCCAGUAGCCAACCGCCCCAUGCGGAGGCACCUACACGGCCGCCGGGCUACAGCCCGAUCUCUCAGCCAGGUGGUGCUGCAGAUCGUGCAUUCGAGUCCGGGCGGCCUGCGUCUGGGUCGUACGCAGCUCAUGAUCCACAACAUGGUCGGUUUGGAAACAUGUUUGGCGACCGUCGCUCGGAGGAGACUGCACAGCGGGAUCGAGAACGUGCUUCAACACAUGCGCCCGAGGCCAAGUUGUCCCAGCCUGGAUUUCGAUAUGGCUCUCACUACGGCGAGCGCGACCCGCUCGAGCGUCACCAGAGCUCAACCUGGGACCACGCUCGCUCACACCCACCUUCGCCUGAGAAUAAGCGCUUCCUGGCCCCGGAGCAAGCGUCAAAUUUCGGAUUUGGGGCCAUCCAGAGCUACACCAAAUCCUUGGGAUCGCAACCUGGGGGAAACAGGCAACCCCAGGCUCCCUUGCAGUCUCCAAACCACCACCCCACGCCCCCGCCCCACGAUCCAUACAGACAACAAACGCAGCCUCCCCGUUUAGGGUCCACGCCAGCAAUCGCUGUAUCCACGGCCGCCGCAUCUUCUAGUCUAGCCGCUCUAGCCGAUGAGGGACGCCGCAAAGGAAGCGAUGAGCUUCUGCACCAUCGCAGCCUGCUGGCUGUUGGUGCAGAUGGUAAACGCGGUGGCCGUGCGUCCCCUCUCCCCCAGGCCGUCCAGGGUGCCCAGGCUCCUUUCAUCGGUGCUAGUGGUGAACCAGCCAUCAAGAAUGAGCUAGGCCGUGUCUUUUCGGGUAUUGGAAGUGGCGUUGGCGGCGUGACUGCCGCCACUGGUGGCAGCGGACACUCGACGCCGCUGGGAGCUAGUCCGUUCAAACGCGAUAGCCUGACAGGUCGCUCGAUGAACGGAGAUGGAAUGGACGAGGCGGCAAAGCUGGCUCGACCAUCCUCCGCAGCUGGCCGACGGUCGAGAAAAUUGCGAGAUGAAGAGCAGAUGGAAAUUGAGGCCAACGAUCCGCGCGGAGUAUUAUCAGCACGUAAUGCACGUCGCUCUCGCCAUGCCCACCACCACCAUCACCAUCACCACCAUCACCGCCACAAGGCAGAUGAAGAGGCCGCCACUUUGACCUCCCUUCACCGUCCUACAAACUUCUUCCAUCGAACUUCCCCAGCAGAUGCCUCUACCGGACAUCACCACCACCACCAUCACCAUCACCACCACGGCGCUAGACAGCCCACCAUCCCGGCUGCUUCUCCUAUCCGCGAGCCUCGCACUACCGUCAACAUAGAGCCAAUAGUGUCUAGUGUGGCCCAUUUACCUCGCCGUCAUCUCGGCUCAACGCUCUACACACCUCGUAUUGGCGCACCAACAGCCAAGUCUUCAUUGGAUAGCUCUAAAUUUGGAUACACAACAACCCCCCAGCCUCUUCCCCGAUUCGAACAGCGAGAGAACUGCACUUUCACUGUCCGCGUCCCUCGCUGGCGCAUCAACCACUCUCACCGAGAGGAGAUAUGCGCGCGCCGAGCUCUCUGGGGUACGGGUGUCUAUACCGAUGACUCAGAUCCCGUAGCAGCCGCCAUCCACGCCGGGUUCAUUCGCGGUGCCUGGGGCGACGAUGUUGACGAGUCAAUGCUCGAUCUUGAGAUCAAAGAUACCUACCACCACGCGCCUCCUCCAACCGAGGCCGAAGGCAAGAAGCCGGACUCUGACAAGACCCCACGCUUACCCCCGAUACCCCCAGCAGACAAGGACCUGCACAUUACUCUACUCAUCCUUCCCCGCGUGCAUCAAUACGACUCGACCUUACUCUUCGGCCUGAAGUCUCGUAAAUGGGACGGUCGCCAUGAUGGUAUGAGCUUCAAGGUUCAUGCCGUGGACUGGGUCGAUGAGGGUGUUGGUCGCGGGGAAGAACGCAGUGGCGAGGCUCGUCGUAAACGUCUUCGCACGCUUAUGCAGACCGGUCGCAUUUGCACGGGUCCUGCGAUGGCAAAAACGGACGAGCUUCGCCGUAGUGGUGUGCAGGUUCCUCGCUCUAUUGAUGGGCAAGACCAACCGGCUGCCGUGGGGCCUGUUUCUUAG